CCUUCAGACCAAGUUUCUCCUCAUCUUCCCAAGCGACCAAACUCUGACCAAAGUCCUAUCUUUCACACACACACACCCUUUUACUUUUAUUAUUAUUAUUAUUAAAAUACUAGUAUUACUCUACUAAAUCAAAUUAUAUUCUUUUUUCUUUUUGUACUCUUUAAGAGCUUGACAGCUAUUCUCUCUUCCUAGAUUACUCGAAUUUUUGUCAGAUUUCUUUGGUUUUCUUGUUUCCUUUUAUGGUUCUUGUGUAUCCUAUGAUUUCAUAACUUAUUUUUAAGGUUAUUGAUCCAUUGAAGUUCUUUGGGGUUUAACAAAUAAUAAUAAUGCAAGCAGUUCAAGCAGUUUCCAGUGGAGUAGCAGAGAGUUCUCCUCAGGUAGAUAUCCAAAUAGACAAAGUUUCAGAUCCAGGACCAACCGGGAGGCGUCCGGAUAUUGCACUUCAAAUACCCCCUAGACCCAUAGGAUUUGGCAAUAGUCGAAGUGGAAAGGGUUUGCUCCAAUCUCAAGGCUCUGCCAAAGGCAGUUCAUCAUCAGGAGGCAUCUUGCGGGGAUUAAGCUUCAAGAAAAAGGGGACUUUAUCUGAUGGUGAGAGAAGCUUCCUCCUCAAUUCAGACCCCAAAACCGCCCCUGAAAGUCCAAUUAUGGCCAACCUCAAGUCUGCACUUUCAUGGAAAAGAUGUACCUCUCUUCCGGUUACACCUGCAACAAACUUGUCCCCUUCAGUUUCCACACCUGCUUCAGCGAGGACAUAUGAUGAACGGCAUAAGUCACAUAAAGCUGUUCAAACUAUGGUUUCAAGGUCCCUAUCUGUGCCUGGGCAAAAUGUUGUUAUUGUAAGAUCUGUAUCAUUCGCUGUCCAGAAGGAGCAUGCCCAGACAGAUCCUAGUGAUGAUCAAAUAACUUCCGUUCCGGCAGAAGGCAACGAUGAAGAGAUUCCUGAAGAGGAAGCAGUGUGCAGGAUCUGUCUUGAUGUAUGUGAAGAAAGAAAUACACUUAAAAUGGAAUGCAGCUGCAAAGGUGCCCUCAGACUAGUACAUGAAGAAUGUGCUGUUAAAUGGUUUAGUACUAAAGGAAACAAGACAUGUGAAGUAUGUGGGCAAGUGGUUCAGAAUUUACCAGUGACUUUGCUUCGUGUGCCCACCUCCGUUCAAAGGGAUAACAGACAAGAGCACAGUCAACAAAAUUUGCGUUCACAAUCGAUAAGUGCCUGGCAGGACUUUGUGGUGCUCGUCUUGAUUAGCACAAUAUGCUAUUUCUUCUUUCUUGAGCAGCUACUGAUUCAUAACAUGAAGACUCAAGCUAUCGUGAUUGCAGCACCAUUUGCUUUUACCCUGGGCCUUUUGUCAUCUAUUUUUGCAGUCAUCCUUGCAAUCAAGGAGUACAUAUGGACAUACGCAGCUCUUGAGUUUGCACUUGUGGCCAUCACUGUCCACCUUUUCUACACUUUGCUUCAUCUGAAGGCCAUUUAUGCGAUACUAGUUGCAUCAGUUCUAGGUUUUGGCAUAGCCAUGAGCCUCAACUCCCUGUAUAUUCAAUAUUUUUCUUGGCGAGUUCAAAUUACACAGAGCCCCCCAGUAUGAUCGGACCCCCAUUGGGUUGCAAGGUCCCUGUGUUUCUGCUGGUUGCUUGCUUGCUUCAGUAAAUAAUUCGUGUACAUGUCCAAUUAUCCAGCACUUGAUAAUCUAUUAAGUAGAAAAAUCAAGUAAUACCCUGAAAUGUGCUUUGUUAUUUUAGAGUUAUUUUGCAUUUGCAAAAAUUAGAAGUUCACACGUUAAAAUGUUGAAGAGUCCUUUUCAGGGUUGACCAUCAACAAAUGUUGGAAACUUGGGAGUUCUCUUUGUUUUGCAGUCUCACUAUAUCAAUUGGUAUUUUCACACUCUUGAGGCAUUGACUGUUUUUAAUUCAGAAAAAUCUUGAAAGCUUUGUUUUGCAGUCUCACUAAAUCAAUUGGUUUUGUCAAGGUCAAGAUGUAAUGAGAGUUAAGACUCGAAUCAGAAUAGAAACAAUGUUGGAAAAAGUAUUCAAUAUGUACUUCAAUGUGUGUUUUUAUUCUCACCCA